AUGACGCUGGACACCACCAAGAAGGAUGCGGGUGCGCCUUCCUUGGCUGAUGGUAGCGAAGCGGGCAGCAGCAGCAGCAGCAGCGCCAUUGCUGCAACAGGCUCAAACGGUCCAAACGCCGUUCCACCAUCCUACGAGGACUCGGUAGCGGCAGGUCAACGCGAUGCUGCUGCUCCUCUUCUUGCCGCUCAUCCAGGCUACGGCGCUUCGCCUUAUCAGCCAUCCCACACUGCCAGGAUCGUGAUACUGACGCCCAAUCAAGGGAGACCUCCACCAGGAGCUAUUCGAGUCGCGCACAUCGACGGCGUGAGACCCACGCAUCCACACGCUGCCACUCCUGCCGCACAAAGCAGCGGCAGAAGAGCCAGACCCGUGACUCGCUUCUUGGCAGCCUUGUUCUGGGCUUGGAUGCUCUAUCUCACCCUUUGUCUCGUGGUCGCUGCCAUCAUAGAAGCUGCGGAGAGGAACAACAAAAGACAUGAGAAACCGGGAAAGAGACCGGAAGGUGAUCAGCCUGGACUUCCUCCGCUGCCACCGCCUGAGACGCAACCCCCGCAUCGACACUUUGAGACGACGCUACAGGCCGUCUAUAAGCAGCUCAACCUCUAG